AUGGAGGUGAAGGUGGUGGUGAAAGAGGUGGUAGUGGAGGUGAUCGUGAUGAAGGUGGAGGUGGUGGUUGUGGUAUUAGUGGUGGUGGAUGGCGGUUGUGGAGAUGGAGGUGGUGGUGGUGGUGGAGGUGUAGGUGGUGGUGUUGGAGGUAGUGGUUGUGGUGGCAAUGGCAAUGGAGGUGGUGAUGGUUGUGGAUGUGGAGGUGGAGGUGGUGUCAUUUUUAAAAUUUAA